UUCCAGGGAUUGAAACAUACAUUUCAUUCCGUCCUUGAAGGGUAGUAACCGGUUGCGAGUGAGAACAGUGAUGGUCAUUGAUGGUUAUUCAGUGCUGUUCCUUUUUACUGUUGGCGUACUGAUUACUAUCAUUUUGGCGAUAUUUGUACAACGGCAGAUAUUCCGGAUGCGUGAUAACAGUGUACGACGGGAAGCCAAUAUUGUCGUUGGUGCGGGUUUGUCAAAGCGCAAAAAGGAGGAACUUGAUCGAGGCAUUGAAAUUGUUCGACAGUUUCAACUUCUCCGUGCUCCAAAGUUUACCGAAAUUGGAACUAUUGCGGAACAUGCCGGUGCACCAUAUAUCAACCGAAUGAUUGCCAUGGACGAGUUGCGAGAAAUUGAGCGACAGUUAGAGUUCAUAAAUGGUGACCUUGGUCGCGUAGCAGGCGAAUCGAUGUAUGCUUAUUUGUCUCGAAUCCGUCAAAUAGCAUUACCUUCGUUAUCAGAACACCUCUGUGAACGAAUCGGUUUGGUGGCAGAACACUGCAGGUAUCGACAUGAGCCUUUCGGUGAAUCAGAACUAACCGAAACUCGUAUGCUUAUCAAAGAAAUUGUGAAAAUAUUAAAUAAUGAACAGGAACGCCUCUCAGCACUUCAUAUCAAAGAAUCAACCAGCUCAGCGUUACAAGAAAUUACUAAAAGGUUAACAACAGGAGAAAAUAAGAAAGGGAUGCACAAAAGGAACACAGCCAUGAACGCGAGUCGAAAUGCUUUACUGACAUCUGAUAAGAAUGAGACGAGAUUAGCAAGAGCAGGAGAUGAUCAGAGGAAACCACUGAUAGCUGAUGAUAAGGCGAUUAGUGGUACACCUGCACUUCAUAUCUUGAGCUCUCGUGUGACUACUGCCGAUACUCAAAAUACACAAUCCUUGGAGUGCACUCCGCUUAUCACAUGAAUUUCUGCAUUCAUAAACAAUGGCACACGAUGAAAGGAGAGAGGAGUGAAGAAAAUUGUCAAAAAACAUAGAAAUUGUGAAGUGCGAGGAGGCUUAAGGAAGAUGCAAAGUGGGAUUACAGAUUGUAGUUAAGUACAGAUAUACUGCACAAACACUUCCUGCCUUAUUCACUAUUAGGUUUUUUCUUUGGAUCGGAGGCUUUUUUCAAGGAAGAUGCCACUCCAUCUAGUUAUUUUUAAAGUUGAAAAUAUUCAAAAUGUAUAUUUAUUUGUAUAUGUGAUGCUUGUUUUGCGGGUUUUCUCAUCUUCCUCUUUUUGAACAUUUUAAUAAAAAAAGCACAGGAAUAGUAAGAAGUACC